UGGUCGGUCCCAGUCCGUUACUGGCGCAAACAAGUGUUCUAUAGUGGCGCCAUCUUGCUCAUAAAUAUCAGCACAUAAAGAUUAAAAAUGAGCAUUGAUAGAAGUUUGUGUAUUGACCUUAACAUCAACGCUUCACCCUGUUCCCCCGUCAGUAUGGUGAGGCUGGACAGGAGAGCCGUGGCCGUGCUGGUGGUGGCGGUGGGCGUGAUGAUGCUGGCGGCGGGGGUGGCGGCCGAGCUGACGGAGACGUGGUUCGAGUACCGCGCCCGCACCAAGAAGGAACUCAAGAGCAGAGCCAAAACCUCCCUCGACAAACACAUGGAGCUGGGGGAGCUGCACAGCCGACAGAAGCGUUCAAUCGCCUUUCCGACGGGCUCCACCUUCACCAUCACCCCGGUUCUCUGUAUCCCCGUCGUCUCUAUCGGGGACUUGACCGGGUUCCUCGACAUCGAGCUUCCCUUCACGAUCAAGCUCCCCAACGCCACGCAGGUCACCUACGGCCGCAUGGAUGACGACAGGCUGGGGAUUUACUCAGUCCUCAUCAGCACCCUCAACAGGUUUGGUGUGGACGGCAAGGCGUGUCUCCUGCGGUCCGUGUGCGAGGUGGCCGAGUCCCCCCUGCGGGAUGACGGGCUCCUGGGGGAGGUGCUCAAUAUUCUCCUCACGGCCUCGUACGGGGCAUCGUCCUCUAAUCAUCUGUACGACUACAUCGAUGCCGAGCGCUAUGGACGGGCGUACGGCGACUGCUGGGCGGCCUACCCUCAGUGCCCCAUGUCCCUCUUCAAGCUGUUUGACGCGUAUAACGAACUAUAACUGGCGCCGAGGAGUGCGUCCGCCACAGCACGGGACCAACGUCAUGGCCGGCACCAGCCAGCGUGUACCGAGUGCCCGUGGUCACCUGUUCCUGCUAACCUGAUGAGGUUCCUUUAUGCAUGCGCUAGAAGGAUAUGUAUGAACGGCAUUGCGUGUACUACAUCAUGAAAUGAAAUAUUUCAACACUUAGUGCGGGCCACCAAGUGUCUUAGAUGUUUAAAUAUCUCAUCUCCCAUACCUGCCACUUCAUUAGCUAUCGUCAAGGUACUAAAAAUAUAAAAGGAAAAUGUCUGGAUAGUCUCGGUAAUGUCUGGUAAUUUUUUUGUGUGUGUGUCUUUAUAGUGUAUUAUGUCCACAACGGGUGUUCCGCAGCUCAGGUAAGCAUACAAGUGAGCAGGACGGAGAGUCAUUUGUGUGCGUCUCCGUGACGACGGGUCCGGAGCAUCGCACGCGUCAGCUCCCUCCUGCCCAGACUUAGAUCGUGCUGUUCUCAGGAUCGUCCGAGCUGAAAUCAGUGGCCUCUUUACUGAACCCACAGACCUCGAGUGUGUUCUCAGGGAAAUUAACUCUCUUUUAUUCUGCCUGAGUUACCGCCGGUCGUGACCGUGAAACAAGCAGCGAUUACCGGUUAUGGCAGUUCACCUCAAAGACGGAAAACCCGAAGUAGUGCACGCAGACGCUGCCUCAGUUGCUGAGUCACACAACCGGGCGAAGGAUGCAGCGAGAGGCCUUCCUCAAAAUGAUCCAAAUCAUGAAUGAAGUCCUGCGUACCAAUAGCGACCCAAGACGAGCCAUAUGACUCACGACACUCAUGCACAGACACACAGACACGUUCUCAUCGUUGGUGUUUCCUAUAGACAGUGUAGUGCUAAUAUAGUUGCUGUUUUACCUCGCAGCGGAGCCUUGACUCCGGGAGCAGGGCUUCUUUGUGGACCAGAGGCCAGUAGUACAUUAACUGAAGCACUUGUAAGAUAGAUAGAUGUGUAGAUAGAUAGGCAGAUAAGUAGAUAAGUAGAUAGAAAUAUAGAGAGGGAAGUAAAGUGCUUUAAAAUGGAUAAGAAAUACAUAUAAAUAUUUAUACAAGACAAAAUAAAUGAGUGCAUGAAUGACUAUUUUCAUUUACUCUUACUGCUUAGAUUUGUAAAUAAUACUAACUGUGUGUUUGGAUUUUGUGCAUUAUAAUAA